CGUGAGUAAGUCAAGUCGAACUCGAGAAUCUCUAGGCCGCCAUGCCCCCGCCGUUGCCGCCACUCGCUGCCUGCGCGCGGUCGCUGGCCGAGCUCCUAGUCGUGCUCUCAGCCGCGCGCGCGCUUCCCAAGGGGCAGCAGCUCCAUGGUUUCCUCCUCAAGGGUGGCCACCUCCCAGCGAUCGCCUCCUCCCACGCGCUUCUCUCCCACCACCUCCUCACCUUCUAUGCCCGCUGUGCGCUCCCGGAGCUUUGCCUCCGCGCCUUCCUCGACCUCCCCGCUCCACCACCCGCUGCCGCAUGGUCCUCCCUCAUAUCGUCCUUCGCCCAGAACGGUCUCCCCGCCGCCGCCUUUGACGCCUUCCGCCGCAUGCUCGCGGCCGGGGUCCCCGCCACCGACCGCUCCAUCCCCUCUGCCGCCAAGGCCGUCGCGGCUGCCGCAGACUCGUUGCGCCCUCCGCUCGCCCCGCAUGCUCUCCAUGGCCUUGCCUCCAAGACACCGUUCGCUGAAGACGUGUUUGUCGGGUCGGCGGUUCUUGAUAUGUAUGCCAAGUGCGGGAACCUUCUGGACGCCCGGCGGCUGUUCGAUGAAAUGCCAGAGCGGAAUGUUGUCUCCUGGUCCGCGCUCAUUGGCGGCUAUGCGGACGCUGGGAUGCAUCCUGCAGCGCUGUGGAUAUUCCGCUCGGCACUUGAGGAGGCUGUGGAGGUGAAUGACUUCACAGUUUCGUGCAUUGUUCGUGUGUGUGCUACGGCCACACUCUUUGAUCUUGGGGCUCAGGUGCAUGCACGGUCUAUAAAGACAGCACUUGAUGCAUCACCAUUUGUGGGUAGCUCACUUGUUUCCCUGUACUCAAAGUGUGGCCUUGUGGAUCGUGCUUACCGGAUUUUUAGUGCAGCACCUGAAAGAAACCUUGGGAUUUGGAAUGCAGUGCUCAAUGCAUCUGCACAGCAUGGGCAUACUGCCACAGCAUUUGAGCGCUUCAUGGAGAUGCAAAAUGACGGGUUCCGUCCCAACUACAUUACCUUCCUAUGUUUACUCACUGCAUGUAGUCAUGCUGGUCUUGUUGAUGAGGGGAAGCGCUAUUUUUCUCUCAUGAAAGAAUAUACCAUUGAGCCACAGGCUGAACAUUAUGCUGCAAUGGUUGACCUACUUGGUCGUGUAGGUCGAAUAACAGAAGCCUUGGAGCUUAUUGAGUCAAUGCCCAUGGAACCACCUGAGUCUGUCUGGGGUGCACUCCUAAUGGCAUGCCGCAUGUUCAAGGAUGCUGACACAGCAGCAAUUGCUGCAAAGAGGUUGUUUCAGACAGGGUCCCGCAGCUCUGGUGCGCACAUGCUCUUGUCAAGCACGUAUGCAGCUGCAGGAAGGCAUGUUGAUGCAGCACUUGCAAGGAAGGCAAUGCGUGAUGCAGGUGUACGGAAAGAGACUGGACUUAGCUGGCUAGAGGCUGCAGGGGAGGUGCAUACUUUUGUGUCAAAUUGCAGGAGACAUCCAAGAAGCGACGAGAUAUAUAAUGUGCUGGAGAAAGUUGGUGAGAAGAUGGAGGGUGCUGGUUAUGUGGCAGACACUAGUGCAGUGGUUAAGGAUGUGGCGAGGGAAGAGAAGUGUGAAACGCUAGGUUAUCACAGCGAAAGGCUAGCGAUAGGAUUAGGCCUUCUAAUUGUUCCGGAGGGUGUGCCAAUCCGAGUUAUGAAGAACUUACGGGUGUGUGAUGAUUGCCACAAUGCAAUUAAGUAUCUCAGUAAGUGUACAGGAAGAGUCGUGAUUCUCAGGGAUAACCGUCGGUUUCACCGGUUUGAAGAUGGGUUGUGCUCUUGUGGGGAUUUCUGGUGAUAUAUAUAUUCUUAUCUAUAUCACUCUCUUUCUUAUUGUUCUUGGAAGAUUUGCUUCAUUUGGAUUCAUCGACAGGGUCUUUCACUUGGAGUAAAUUUGUUCGAUAAAUGGAUUUAUGUGAAUUCAGUGGCUGAUAUGAGGCAUAAAGUUGAUUUUGGCAUGUCCUUUUCGCAUAAUGGGGAGCUCCUGGAUUCAAUUUUAGGUUUACUUGGAAUUUUUGCAAAAGCCUGACCAUUUCUUAUGAAACGAUUAUUGGAUGUGCAAAUCGGCCACAUAAUGCUGUAUUUUCAGGGUCAGCAUGGCACUGGGGCUUCUCCUUUGCGAUAUAGUUUGAUGCAAUGUGGGGGAGGAUCCAUUGAAGCUUAGCAUGCUCUGCAGAAUAGUUUGUCAGGAUAAUGAGUGGAGCACACGAACUCAUGAUAUCAUCUUAUGAGUUAUGACAGCAUACAAUGGUGCAUACUUCUUUCAUGUGAGCAGAGGCAUAGCCUGAAAUGAGUGUUGGAAACUUGGAACAUUUAGUUAAGUCAUGAUAAUUCCAUUCUGUCCAGGUGAAGGUCAAAAUGGGCUGCCAAACACACUAGGUAUAAUAGUAGCUCUCUCCACUGUUGUAAAAUCAACAACUUCAAGCUUUGAAGAAUCCAUGUGCGUAUGUCUUCUUUCUCAGGCUUGUCUUGUAAUCUACACUUAGCAUGUACAAUCUCAUUCCAAUGCAUUGCAAGCCUCUCCGGUUUGGAUUGGACAUCGUCA